GUAUCCUCCUAUCAUUAGUUGUGUUUCUUUUAUUAGUAUCGAAAAUAUUACCUCCAACUUCACUUGUUUUGCCUUUGAUAGCCAAAUAUUUACUGUUUACAUUUAUUAUGAAUACAGUAAGUAUAUUAGUAACUGUUAUCAUUAUUAACUGGAAUUUUCGAGGUCCCAGGACGCAUAGGAUGCCUCCUUGGAUCAGAGCAGUUUUUCUCUAUUAUCUACCAAUCUUCUUGUUUAUGAAAAGACCAAAAAAGACGAGGCUAAGGUGGAUGAUGGAAAUGCCUGGGAUGACUGCACCUCCACACCCUUCAUAUGGUUCGCCGGCCGAGCUUCCAAAGCACAUCGCACCCCCAGCACCAGGCAAGAGCAAGAUGGAAAUAGUUGAACUGUCAGAUCUUCAUCAUCCUAACUGUAAGAUCAAUCGGAAAGCAAGUACGGAGCGAAGAGAGAGUGAGAGCUCUGACUCUCUUCUACUGUCGCCUGAAGCAUCAAAGGCCACUGAGGCAGUGGAGUUUAUUGCUGAACAUUUGAGAAAUGAAGAUCAAUACAUUCAGAUUAGAGAGGACUGGAAGUAUGUUGCAAUGGUAAUCGACAGAUUGCAAUUAGUGAUGUUCUUCAUUGUCACAACAGCUGGAACAAUUGGAAUUCUCAUGGAUGCACCUCAUAUCUUUGAAUAUGUAGAUCAAGAUAAAAUUAUUGAAAUAUAUCGUGGAAAGUAA